UCGACAUCAAGGAAAAGCAGCUGAAAAGAGCUAGGCCUAAGUUGAUUGAGGGAGUGACUGUUUGAUAUUUUUUACAUAAAAAAUAACGCCUCAAGCAUAUGCCCAACGGUUGAGAGAGGUGCAUAACUACCUAGAUGUUAUGGAGGAAUGUCAAGUGAAGCUCCUCCUUCCACUGCUGUAGGUCAACGUUCUCAAGCAUAUUGGUGAUAUAUCCACAGUUUUCUGAUCUGUCGUUAUGUGAGAUGAAACAAGGAGUCUGUAACUACACAAUUUGUACAUCUAGAACAUCAAAUUGCAAAGUUGUUUCCCUUCGAUCAUGUCUAUUAAUAGAGUGGAUAAUGAUAUAUAUUAACUCAAAUGUGAAACAAAUCAUUUUUGAGAGAAAUUAGUGAGAAUAAAACAGGACAAGUCAAAAAGGUUCAAUGGAGAAUUCAUAUACAGAAGAGUUUCUGAAAAAGAAGGCAGCUGUUUGUGGACAGCUACAGAGAGCAGUUGUGAAAUUUUGUGAGCAGACAUACGCUGGAAUUACUCAUAGCAAUUUGGAAGUGGAUGGUAUCAUCUGCAUUUCCUUUUCCAAUUCGCAUGACCAACAUGUUGUUAAAAUACACGAGAAGCUAGGGAAAGGGAGAAAAAAGAUAAAUAAUAAUCCAGAGAGUGACAAGGACAGUCCAAACGCAAAUCUACGUAAGGGAAGUAUUACACCAUCACAUGGUAAAAAUUCAAACAGAAUUUCUGAUGAAGCUGUCGGCACCAAUUCUCAAGGAGACGGUGAUGUUUUGUCCUACAAUGAACAGGAAAAUGUCUCUCUUCAGUUUGAUGUCAAUGGACGUAUGGAGACAUUUACUGAUGAAAAUGUCAUCCAAACUGGAGCCAAAGAAGAGAAUUUGAGUGGUAUAAUGGAAAAUAUUCACAAUUCCAGAAAACAAUCAAAAAGUGUGUCGCUUCCAACUGAUGGAAGUCUGAAUAAGAAAAAGAAACAAUUUGUAGAGUCAGUAGAAGGAAACUAUGUGAUAGUGAAAGUUGAGCCAGAUGAUUUGGAUGCAGAAGAGCAGGCAAACUUAAAGGACUCAGAUAUUGCUCAAAGCUGUUAUAGCCAGUCUACAAAGACCUCUUCUUUCUCCCCAAAAAGUGGUAGCUACAUUCGACAUGACUCUGUUGAGAAACUGUCUGUUGUGGAUGAUAGCAAUGACACUAUGUAUAUGGUUACUUCAGAUUUUCAUUCUGGCCCUACAAAUACAGAAGAAUAUCCUUACCAACCAUCUAUCAAUAACUGUAAAUCUAGGGACAUCAGAAGCAACUUCAUUCAAGGAGAUUCUUGCGUCCAAUUUGCCACCAGCUCUCAUACUACAUCUACACCAGAUGUGUCUGACCUGAAUCAGCAUGCAGGCGUGAACAAUCUAACAAGAAACAGGUAUCCUCCUGAUUCUAUAGUCCUAGAUACCUAUAGUACAAAACAGAUAAACAAUAAGUCAAACAAAAGAAACACAGGGUCAAUAAAACAAUCACCAAAAAAUGAGGAUUUUGAUCCAAACGUUUUUCAAAAUUUCAAUUUACCGUUAGCUCCACUAGACCCGAUGCCUGUCCCUCAUCCUAUCGGUUUGUCAUCAGAAAGUGUGGGUUCUAGCUACAAUUCUGAAACACAACUGAAAACAAGUCUUUCAUCACAGUAUUAUAAUUACAACAAUAACACUUAUUCAAGCAGCUUCAGUGUGUCCAGCUCUAGUCACCUUCCUGGACCUAAACCAAAGUUGUCUUCGUCAAUUAGACCUCACAGUAACUAUAGUAAUAGAGGGAGAAGCAGUGCCUUAUCACAUGUCAAACGUGCGAGUGCUGUGGCGAUGUCCAGGAAUGUUAACUUUUCCACAAAACACAUGAAGAGAAUUCAGAAAUCAUCAGUGCCUAAUUUUGAUUUAACCUCCAAAACACAAUUUGGUUGCCCACCUUCUGACAGUUUUAUUCCCAAUACUAGUGAUAGUAAGCACAAGAUGGGUUUGAUGGAUCUUAGUGGGCAAGACAAACUAUUCUUCUGUAGAUAUUGUGGUAAAGGAUUCACCAUGAAAUGUACACGAAGCCGCCAUGAAAAGACAAUCUGUUCCCCAGCUGGGACUGGCUCAUAUCGAUGUGAACUUUGUACUAAGUCAUUCACACGGUCUGACAGCAGGUACAGGCAUAUGUUUAAAGCUCAUGGCAUCCAAUCCUGAUGUAGUACCUAUCGCUUUACUGAUGAAGAUCCUGAAUACAAGCUUAAAUUGCAUCACUAGAAAAACUGCCUACCAUAUUUCGGGAUAUUAUUAUGUAGGUUAAUUUUUGUGAAUUUCUUCAUAAAAAUGCAGUUAAAUUUUUACCCCUCUAUGUUUUGUGAAUUGGGACAAUGUGCAAAGAUAAGACUACUGUACAAAUAUCAUAAUUUAAGUUUUUGAGUGAGAGAGUUCCGAGAACGUCUGUCAGAUGUUUGCCAUGUUCGGCAGCAUAUUUUUCUAUUUUAACCCCCAUCUGUGGUGACAAGAUUGUGUGCUGUACGUAUGUCCUCACAAUUUUUUAGACGAAAUACGUUCCUGUAUUGGCUCAUUUACGCAGUCAAAAAUAAGGUUAUUAACUGUAAUAUCGUCGUCAAGAUCAUGUUAGGCUCUGCAUGUUUAAAGAAAAAUGAAAUUGACAUGUUGGCUCAAGGUCCAAAAUUCGAAAAUGUAUUACAAACUGGUACUGAACAUUGCAUGUUCAGCCCUUUUCAUACAACUACUCACUCAGGAAUAUGUGUAGGUGUUGGUAUUGAAUCAGCAAUUUUCAUAUUUCCCAUCUAAUAAAAUCUUUAGUACUGCAGAUUUGCCUAUAUUUUUAGGUAACACUAAUUACCUAUCUACCCUACACUAGAACCUUCCAGGCUAAGAUGCAAAAAUACAAAACACAGUAAAAAUAUCCUGAUUUAUGGUAUUCAUUUGCACCAUGUUCAAAUAAAUUUAUCAAUUUUGCUAACAAAUUAAAUGCCAUGUGGUUUUAAAUGUGAUUUUAUUGUAUACAUUUAUUGAUUGAAAAUGAUUAUGCAAAUCACAAAAAUGUUUUACAUGCGUUAGGGAAAGGUAAAUUAAUGCUCAGCAAGUUAUCAAAGUUUUAUUACAAAAACUAAGCCAGAUCUGCCACAGCUUAAACGUUUGCUUAGAAAAAUAUUUAUCAGAUCAAAUGUUUUAUCAAAUAAGUACACGAAUGUAUGUGGCUCAAGAUAAGAAAUUCAAAAAGAACAAAUGUAUAAUACACUGUUACAUUUGUGGUUGUUGUGUGCAUGGUCAUGAUCAAUUAGUGUUAAUUAUAUAAGUUGUGUGCACGUUAAUUGGAAGUAUAUAGAUCCCCUUCUGUAUAGUUGGUUUUUGGAGAUGUAAUUGUUAACAGUGGGAGUGACACAUCAUGUAUAUGUAGCAUUUUUGAUACCUAUUUUAGAUUUCAGACACAUUAUUUCCCCAAUAACUGCUGUUUAAUCAUUGGCAGCAUAUUUGUUUUAUUUUUAUUUUAUUUUUAUUUCAUGGUAAUUAAAUCCUUUUUAGUUUACCUCUGUAUGAUAUCAAAUGGAGACAUGAUGACCUUUUAUCUUGGAAGGGAUAUAUAGUUAUUGCUCAUUGAGUAUGGUUUAUGUAUGCAUCUGUUGACAAAAUAGUUGAUGUGCACAUCUGUUGUGGGAUUCAUGCAACAUAGGUUUUUGUUUGCUGUGUUUUGUACAAAUUCUACACAUCUGUUGACGUACAAAAAUAUACAAAUGCUGUACAAGUAUAUCCAUCUGUUGACAAUGUAAACUGUUGACUUAAAAACAAACAAUGUGCCUUAUAUUUAGAUGUUACUGCAUUUUAAUGUUGAAAAAUCAUUUUUGAUUUCUUCAUUUGUUUACUACAAAUAACAGUUGUAUCAACAUAUACACUGUAUAGCAUUGUUGACAAUAUACAGGAGGGUAGUUGACAAUUUGUCAACACCUUAACAGUGAAACUAUUGAUAAUUUAUGAAAUAUGUACAUGUACUGUAAAUCCAUGUUGACUGGAGUUGGUCAACAUGUCUGUACUGUUCCUGUGUUGACAUAGGUAAACUCGAUAAAGUGGUGUUAAGCACACAGUGACUUAGACAAUCCAACUGGUUUUACUGACAACAUGUGUUUUUGAUGGAAUUUUCACUUUGUUUCUCUAUUCAUAUGUUUUAUAUUAAGUUUCUCUUGGUAAAUUGUCAUGUGAUAAUGAUUUAAAUAUUUAUAACUGUUGUUAAAGAUUAAAUUGUGGAAUGAUUAAUCCCAUUGUGUUGAGUCAGUGGCAAGUAUCUGAUAAAUUGAACAAUUUAAAUAUUUUGUAAAACUAUGACAAUCUUUCACUAAUCAUCCUUGAUAAUAUACACAGCCAAACUAUUGAAAUAUGUAAGUGAUACUUGAUGCAUAUUAUUACUGAAUUUGGAUACAAAUGAAAAUAGAUCAAAAUGUGAAUUGAAAUGUACUUCUUCCCAUGUCGAUGAUAAUUUGUCACAGCUGUAGAUAGAUUGCUAACUACUGAUCAUGAGAAGAUUGUUUUGUUUUAACUGGGUUCUCUUUUUGCUAUUAAAUGUAUUUUGGUAACAAUUUUUACUCAAAAACAACCUGCAAAAUUAAAAGUGAUUUAUCCAUCUUUCAUAAGCACUUUUUGCUUUUGCCACACGGCCUGACUGUCUAUUCUGCAAAAAUGACCAUCGUAAAAUGUCGAAAAUUAAGGACAGAGAAAAAUAGGAAUUCCAAAGUAUCCCUACACAUGAAUACCUUUGACAUAUACCUGUUUACAUGUGAUCCCUAUGUAUACCUGUUUACAUGUGAUCCCUAUGUAUACCUGUGUACAUGUGAUCCCUAUGUAUACCUGUGUACAUGUGAUCCCUAUGUAUACCUGUGUACAUGU